CUUAAGCGUUUAUUACGUUUACAUUGUGCAUCAGCGUCAUUUAGCGCAUAUGAAGAGCCCACAGAGACCAGGAAAAAGCUGCAGCGUGUAAAAUGCAAACAGAAAAUUUUAGAGGUUGCCACUUGGAAGAAACUCAAAUACACGCUGUGCGUACUUUUGGCGCUAAUCUACAUUUACACGCAAGUAGGAGUCGCCCAGACCAGUGAAGCGGACGAUUUCGAGAAGCUAAAAUCUCAAUUCCUACCCAAGGAAUAUGCAAAGACCAAUUUCACUUUCGAGGACGCCAAACGUUUGCUGCGUUUAAAGUGUAAAAAGGCUGGUGUAAAUAAAGCGGAAAUCUAUGAGCAACUCGAACUUGCAGCCACGAAGCUGGUGCAAUGUGUCAACAGCGUAGCAAAUCUAACCGAGAUACUGCAAGAAGUUGAGGCGGCACGUCCUGCGGGUGAGCUGGAUGUUGUCUUUCAAAAAUAUUGCAAUAGACAGCCACGUGCUGAACAAUGUCUACGUGAAUUCAACUCACAAUUGCUGCCUUGCCUGAACUCGGAAGAACGUUCACAAAAUGCUGUGAUGAUGCGUAUAGUGACGUCACUACUGAACUUUAUUUGUUACAAAAAUGGAGACCAGAUUGCCAUGUUCAUUGCUGAGGAAGGGCCCGAGUGCGUUGAGGCAAAUAAAGACAAUAUACUAAACUGUAUGAAUGCUACUUUCUCAGCAUAUAUGCCUAAAAAUGGUUUACCGAUAGAGCCUUUAAAGGAACUGCCCGAUUUGGUUUUGGAUCCCAAACAAUGUAUUAACUUUUAUGAUUUUGAGGAAUGUGUAAUUGGUUAUUUGGAGAAAUGUAACGAAAUUACACCUGCCAAUGUUGUUGAAUCUAUGUUCAGAUAUGUCAAGAACGAAACAAAGUGUCAGGUUGAAAUUGAUAAGGUGAUUAGUGUCCGACAGCACAUGCAACGGAAUGAUGGAGUCAGCAAUAUAUUGGCUAAAGCUACUAUUUUAUCAGCUGUAGUAGUGACGUUGUUGUUGAAAUAUAUUUAAGAAAUGUUUGUUUAAAAAUAUGAUUUCUUAACUAAAAAUUUAAUUAGUUUUAUUGAUAAGAUUAACCUAAAAAUUGAAGUAGAUUUGCAGACAAAAAAUUUACAUUGACCUUAGGCACAACCGAUUCCGAACUG